GGCUAACGUUGUGCACAUAACAUGUUUUGAGGCGUUCUUUGUGCCAUUGUUCAAUCAAGUAAAAACGAGAAAACGGAUAAAUGGACCGUGGGUCGAAGUGCAGGCAGGUGAAGCCUCUGGCUGCCUCUCUGCUGGACGCCUUAGAUUAUGACAGCUCAGACGACAGUGAUUUCGAAGUGGGAGAUGCAGAUGCCUCAGGGUCAGAGGGUAGUGCCAUUGGGAGUGAUGAGGAGGGGUCCAAGGAGGAGAGCGUUGCUGAGGACUCUGACAACGACAGCAACUCGUACAACAUCGGCUCUGCAACGGACGGUGAGGAACAGACCAAGGAGCUGACAGGUGGCGACACCCCCACAGAGGAAGAGGAGAGGACCAAGGAAGAGCAGCCGUCCUCUGACACUAGCACCACCACCACUAAAGACCCUGCUCAAUCAGGGGUGCCCAGGGGCCGACGGAGGAGAGAGGAGAAGGCCUCGGACACAGAGGCUGGGAGUGGAGGAAGCGGGAGUGGCACAGGUCGUGGUAAUGUGGGUAGUGGUAAUGCAGUAGUGGUAAUGCGGAGGACGGCCGCCACACAGGAGCCCAAGAAGUGGAACCUGCGUCGUAAACACCCCAUGCUGGACUUUACCACCGUGGAAGAGCUCAACGAGAUGGACGACUAUGACAGCGAAGACGACAACGACUGGAGGCCCGCCUCCGGCAAGAAGAAAGCCAAGACGGCGGCCGCUCAGAGAGGAGGAAGCGAGGGAGAGGAGGAGGCGGAGGAGGAAGAUGACGACAGAGGCAGCGGUAGUGAUGAUGAUGAGGAUGACGAUGGUGGUGAUGAUGAAGAUGAGAAGGAAGAAGGGAGCAGUAUCGACGGUGAUAAAGAGGUGAAGAAACCCAAGAAGAAAGUGAUAAGCAGCAGUGUGUUUGACAAGGAGCUGACCAAUGACAGCAUGUCACAGGGAAAGAGCAACAAGGAUGCCCUGCUGGAGCGUGCCCAGACAUGGAGCGUGGCGGCCCAGAGGAUGGAACACAUCCUGAUCUGCUGCGUGUGUCUGGGAGACAACAGCGAGGACGCUGACGAGAUCAUCCAGUGUGACAACUGUGGUGUGACCGUACACGAAGGUUGCUAUGGAGUGGACGGGGAGAGUGAUUCCAUCAUGAGUUCUGCCUCGGAGAACUCCACGGAACCGUGGUUCUGUGAUGCCUGCAAGAACGGAGUCACGCCCAGCUGUGAGCUCUGCCCCAAUCAGGACGGGAUCUUCAAAGAGACUGACGCUGGGAGAUGGGUCCAUGUGGUUUGUGCUCUCUACGUCCCUGGAGUAGCGUUUGGGGACAUUGAUAAACUACGACCAGUGACUCUCACAGAGAUGAAUUACUCCAAGUAUGGGGCCAAGGAGUGCAGUUUCUGCGAGGACACCCGGUUCGCCCGGACAGGCGUGUGUAUCAGUUGUGAUGCUGGCAUGUGCCGAUCCUACUUCCAUGUGACCUGUGCUCAGAGGGAGGGGCUUCUCUCCGAGGCAGCUGCGGAAGAGGACAUAGCCGAUCCCUUCUUUGCAUACUGUAAGCAGCAUGCGGACCGCUAUGACAGGAAGUGGAAGAGGAAGAACUACCUGGCUCUCCAGUCCUACUGCAAGGCGUCUCUACAGGACAAAGAGAAGCAGCUGGCCCCCGAGGCACAGGCCCGUAUCAUCACCCGGCUGCAGCAGUACCGGUCCAGGGCAGAGCUGUCCCGUAACACCCGGCCCCAGGCCUGGGUCCCCCGGGAAAAGCUGCCACGACCCCUGACCUCCAGCGCCUCCGCCAUCAGGAAACUCAUGAGGAAGGCUGAGCUCAUGGGCAUCAGCACGGACAUCUUUCCCGUAGACACGUCAGACAUCAGUGCCAGUGUGGACGGACGCAGGAAACACAAGCAGCCCGCCCUCACUGCAGACUUCGUCAACUAUUACCUGGAGAGGAACAUGAAGAUGGUACAGAUCCAGGACAAUAUCUCUGAGCAGAAGAGCCUCAAAGACAAGCUGGAGAGUGAGCAGGAGAAGCUGCACGUCGACUACAACAAGCUGUGUGAGUCUCUGGAGGACCUGCAGAAUGUCAACGGUGUUCUGAGGAGUGAGGGCCAUGCCAUAUGGACCAUGUUGGGAGGAAUCCUAGGACAGAAACUGAACUCCCCAUUGGUCCUGAAAUCCCCAAAAGAGAGGAAGCCCAGCAAGAAGGAGGGAGGAGCUCCUGGGAAGUCCUCCAACCUACCAGCUGUCCUCUACAGCUGUGGGAUCUGUAAGAAAAACCAGGACCAGCAUCUCCUGCUCCUGUGUGACACCUGCAAGCUCUACUACCAUCUGGGCUGUCUGGAGCCUCCGCUGACACGCAUGCCCAAGAAGACCAAGAACAGCUACUGGCAAUGUUCAGAGUGUGACCAGGCCAGUAGCGAUGAUGCCGACAUCGCCAUGGAGACACUGCCCGACGGCACCAAAAGGUCUCGGAGACAGAUUAAAGGUCCAAUCAAAUUCAUCCCUCAGGAGAUGUCCCCAGAGCCCAAGAAACGAGAUGUGAGGGGCACGGUUAUUGUCCUGCUGAAUGGUGGAUUUGUCUCCCAGUGUCUAUUGGAAAGCAGACUGAACCAGAGAACCAGAGGGCAGAAGAGGAAGAGGGUGUCCAUCUGUGAAGAAGAGAAGUUUGAGGUGCAGGAACCGGCUCUCGGAGCGGCGUCAGCGCCAGUCUGCCGAUGGCAGAAGAAGACACCUAAAGCAGACGACACUAGGACCGACUGUAGGCCUGCAAAGACCCGGGACAACGAGAACCUCGUCAGAGGUUGUGAGGGCCGGGGCAGACACCUCUCCUCACCUCCCCACACUUAG